GGCCGAGAGCACGUUGCUUUAGAGUGAACCCAGCGUGUCAGUUCUCACUGCAACAAUAAGAGGCAUAGGAUUUGAACUGAAACCUCACUAAAAGAUGCUUGAAGGUGAUGCCUUGGAUUUAGCCAGUCCACACGGGUGCUAUGAAUAAGACACUGGAUAAAAUUCUCACUUCUGGAGGACUUGGACAGAGAGCAGAGAUUUUUCAGAGUGACAAGGGUAAUGUAAGUGUCUUCUCCAGCCCAGCAAUCAUAUCUCUGGAAGAUCCUUUACUCACAAUAAAUGCUCAGAGGAGCAAGACCAAGUUUUGCAAGGGGAACAGGAAUGUUAAAGAGGAAGAGGAGUCUUCAACUUUCCAUAUUCCAAACCCCUUUCCUGAAGUUCUGCCUCCUACUCUCACCCAGUCAGUCUCUGAGUGUUUAGUACCUUACAUGAAAAGUAGUGCGACUCUGGUCAUUAAAGUUUAUGAUGAAAACAACACCAGCAAAGCUGUAGAAGUUCCCACUGAUGUCACUGCCAGGGACAUAUGCCAGCUGUUUGUCCUGAAAACUCACUGCAUUGAUGACCACAGCUGGACGCUUAUUGAUCAUCUGACCCAGCUGGGAAUAGAGCGAACCAUAGAAGAUCAUGAAUAUGUAAUGGACGUGCAAUCAGGCAGAGGGAUGGACACAGACAGUCGGCUGUAUUUUAGGAAGAAUUAUGCCAAAUAUGAAUUCUUUAAGAAACCCCUGGACUUUUUCCCAGAUCACAUGGUUUCCAUCUCCACGGAAACUAAUGACAUCGUGGAUCAUUCUGAGCUCAUUGAGACCUUCCUCAAAUCCAGCACUUGUCCUGAGAUCCAUGGCCACCUUCAUGUCAAAGAGCAAAGCAAGAAGUCCUGGAAGAAGUUCUAUUUUGUUUUACGGAGGUCAGGGCUUUACUUCUCCACUAAGGGGACUUCCAAGGAACCAAGGCAUCUUCAGUUUUUUGCUGACUUCACUGACAGUGACAUUUACACCGUUCUGUCAGCCAAAAAAACACAUGGGGCACCAACAGAGUUUGCUUUCUGUGUUAAGGCUACAAAGUGCAGUUCAGCUCGUGAUUUGAAGCUGCUUUGUGCUGAUGAUGAGCAGACCAAGACCUGUUGGAUCACAGCCAUGCGCUUGUUAAAGUUUGGGAUGCAACUUUAUCAGAAUUUCAUCCAGCCUCACCAGAAGCAAAAAGCCUCACCAGUGAGAAGCAUCUCUGAGAACUCGCUGGUAGCCAUGGACUUUUCUGGUCAGAAAACACGAGUGAUCGAGAACCCAUCUGAAGCUCUGUCUGUGGCAGUGGAGGAAGGCCUGUCGUGGAGGAGGAAAAGCUGCCACCGUUUGAGUUGCCAUGGGAGCCCCUCCUCCACACAGACUUCCGUUUCAAACCUAGCUAUCCACUUGGUUCAGCCAUGGUUCCAUGGCAAAAUGUCUCGAGACGAGGCUCAGCGUCUAAUUAUGCAGCAGGGUCCUAUUGAUGGAGUAUUUCUUCUGAGGGACAGCCAAAGCAACCCAAAGACAUUUGUUCUCUCACUGUGUCACAUGCAGAAAAUCAAACACUUUCAAAUCGUACCAGUGGAGGAUGACGGUGAGCUGUUCUACACUUUGGAUGAUGGUCACACACGAUUUACUGACUUGAUCCAGUUAGUGGAGUUUUACCAGUUAAACCGCGGGAUCCUCCCCUGCAGACUAAAGCACCACUGUACCCGGAUCAGCCUGUGAAGUGGGCCCCAAGAGACCCCCACGCACCGCUCACUCUGGGUUUUGUUCAACACCCUUUUCUAUCUUGUGCCUUUCAGAAGAAGAACUUUGUAGUUUUCACAAAGUGGAACAUUUACCAACUUUCUUUUUCACUUUUAGAAAAACUCUAACUUUUAGAACUUUCAGUUUGCAAAAAAGAUUGUUUUCUGGCUCCGUCACAUUUUCUACAUUUAGGGAAACCUGUUUCACAGACUGUAACCAUGACUUAUUGCUUUUUUGCUUAUUGAGGCUUAGCAUAUACAGUGCUUAAGGGUUAAAUUGUUUCAUUUUACAAUAUCAGGGAGGGAAACUACAAACUUUAACUGAUAUAUUAAAACCGGGAAAGGUUUUUGGUCUGCUUGUUUGGUUUGGACCAUAAGCAGACUUCUUUUUUUUUUAUUAUUUGUGGUGUUUGUCUUUCACAAUUUCCAUUUUGUUCAAAUCUGCUAUUUCUUAAAAAACGAAGCCAGUUGUAUGACAACCAUUGCUUCAUUUCAACAGCACUGAAUAGAUCGAGACAGAGCACAUACCCAGAAAUUGAGGAUAGCUAUCUUUAAAGUUGUGUCAGCUUCAUUCUCUGUUGCAUAAUUAUGCUUUUACUUGAGUUAAAAAAUCAGUGUCAAGUAAAACUCAUUUAACACAUAUUGUGCAAUGUUCAGUUUCUAAUUUUGGAACAGCUUUGCUGGAUGCGUUCUGCAAGCCGAAUGAGAAUAAGGGAUUUGCAUCUCCUAACCCACGUAAUGCUGGUAGCAGUUUAGCAAAGCAAAAGAAGAUCAGGCAUGACUUUUGUCUAACAUUUACUACUGCUUCAGGUCUAGCUAGAGAGUCUCACCAGAAAUUAACUGCAUGGUACACUUUGGAAAACCAACUGAUACCUCCAAAAGGCAGUCUAAGACUGGUUAUAUGGUCCUAAUCAGGGUGUUGAUGAGUCUAAUCACACCUGCACAAAAGGUUUAUACUAAGCGGGGACAUGAA